AUGGAUACAAAACUAAAUCAAGAGGCAGAAAAUGACAAAGACAUGAAAACCAAUACCAAUUUUACGGCAGACCAAACACAAAAUCCGGAAAGUAUAUACUAUUUGCACCCUUCUAAUUCGGCAAAUACCAAACUUGUUUUUGUUGUGUUUGAUGGAACAUGCUAUAGUGAUUGGAAAAGAUCUAUGAUGAUAGGUCUAGAUGCUAAAAAUAUAAUGUGCUUUAUGGAUGGGUCACUACCACAACCAGAAGAUAAUACACCAGAUGAAAGGGCAUGGAAGAGAUGUAAUAAUAUGGUUAUAGGUUGGAUAAUAUCCUACAUUGAAAGAAAAAUAGCAAAGAGUUUUAUAUAUCUCAAGACAGCAAGUUGUAUUUGGAAGGAUCUUGAAGGAAGGACACCCUCAUCAUCACACAUGUAUAGGCUUCAAGAAAAGCCCCUUAAUACAACACAUGGCCCCGAAAUGACUAUAGUAGAAUAUUUUACAAAGGUAAAGUCUCUUUGGGACGAAAUUGAUGAUUUAAGACCUUUACCUCUUUGUAAUUGUCAUCCUACUACUAACUUUGUCAUGAUCCCGCAAGAUCAAAGACUUAUAACAUUUCAUAUGAAGCUUGAUCCCCAAAACAGUCAAGUGAGAACUAAUGUUCUCUUAAGAAAAGAUAUGCCAGAUGUUAGGGAGGUCUAUAGGAUGCUUCUUUAA